AUGAGUUCUCAGCGAGAGAACGUUGAUGGAAAGGCGGAGUUUCGGAAGCCUUCAAAUGAUACAGCUAGCAGGAAGUACCGUCGCCGGUCUCCUGUUACUGGGUCGUUGUCUUCAUAUGAUGGAAGUCCUCACUCUGAGCGCAGCUCUAGUCCAAUCCCAUCCAGGAAGGAUAUUGCUGAGGUUUCUGGUGAUAAACGAAGAAAGGGUGAUGAUAGGGACUUAGGUAGGGAUUCUGGCAGGGGUCAGUAUAGCCACAGUGGUGGAGCAUAUAAAGAUUUCGAUCGUUAUAUAUCAAAGACUUCCCAUCAUUAUAACAGGCAUGAUGAGCAUAACAGACGUGACAAGAAUUUAGAUGAUUAUGAUAGAGAUUAUUCUAAGCUGUCAUCUUGUCAUGGCCGGGAGGCCCGGGACUCACGAGAUUAUCACAGUUCCAGUUACUCAAGACACGAGAACCGACCUAGAGACUAUCCACGUGACAUGGGCAAAUACUCUCGAUAUAAAUCUGACAGUUCAGGGCAUAGAAGCAGAGAUAAAGAAGAAGACUCAUUUGACAAGGACAGAGACGGGAACCGGCAUAAAGAGAAUAGGGAUGGACGAGAUGGGAAGAUUGACCAUCAAAGGACUUCACGAGACCACAGAAGUGAUCGCUCACCUGCUUAUGAAGAUCUCAGGGGUCUAAGAAAUAACUCAUCUUCUCGAAGGGACAGUUCUGGGCUUCAUCUGAAAGAAGCUGCUAAGAGAGACAUUAAAGAACUAGAUGGUGAGAAGUACAAUAAAGAGGAGAAGAAGAUACACGAGGAUCAGGACAGAUACAAGGAACGACACUACAGGGAACCAGCGGGGAUAUCUGAAGACAAGAAAACUUUAUCUGGCCAAGUUGAAGAGUCCGUUGCUAAGAAACCGAAGAUAGAUAGCUUGGGUCUUGCAAAAGAUGAUGAUGAAAAGCAGUCAUCAACCUCAAAGCAAACUCAAGAUACUUGUGAAGCAGUGAGUGCGAAGCAGGCCUGCGUGACAGAUUCUGAUAUUGAUGCUGCAAAAAACGCUGCCAUGAAAGCUGCUGAAUUAGUUAAUAGGAAUCUAAUAGGAACUGGGUAUAUGUCUGCUGAUCAAAAGAAGAAGCUAUUGUGGGGCAAUAAGAAAAACACAACAUCUGAAGAGUCUGUCCAUCGCUGGGAUACGGCAACAUUUGGUGAUCGUGAACGUCAAGAAAAAUUCAUCAAACUCAUGGGCGUGAAAGGUGAGGUCAAAGUCGAGCACAAACCAGACAAUCCAGAUACGGAGAAACAGCAGGAUCAGCUCCAGUUAGAUUUGGAGAAGCAAUACACUGCUGGACUGCGUAGGAGAGAUGGUCGAACAGUUGGACUUGGUCUUUAA